GGUGGUGAAUGCACUCGGGAGUAACAAGAUGGGUAUUGGUAGUAGCUGGCUGCUUUUUGAACAUAUGCUUAAAAAUAUGCUUCGCGCUCGUGGAGCAAAGGUAGGGCAUCAACAAUUAUGUAAUUUUUUAGAAUUUGUAGAGAAAGUUUGUCCUUGGUUCUCUGAAGAAGGCACAGUAGAUUUAGAAGUAUGGAAUAAGAUGGGAAAGCAAUUUCAGGACUAUUACGAUGGUCAUGGACCCACUAAAAUCCCUAUAGAUGCUUUUAGUUUAUGGGCUUUAAUUAGAGAUAGUUUGGAUCCUCAGCAUGAGGGAGAGAGGGUUGAAGGACCCUCCUCAAGUCCUUCCUCGGAGGAGCCUGACAAGGCUGGUGUUCCCGAGGUUGUCCCUCCACCUCCUAUAGAAAGUGAAACUAAGCCAUCUGCUCCACCAGUAUAUGCUGAUGCAGAGCCUGCACUAAGGAAGGGUUUUUUUCCGGAUGAGGGACCCCUAAACCCGGGAGAUGCUGAUGAUUUGGAAGAAGAGGCUGCUAGGUAUAACAAUGAGGACUGCCCCCCCUCCCUAUCAUAGCCGUGGCCAGGAAAACCGAAAAAUCCA